AUGAGCAAUUCUGGGAGUGGACGUAUAAGCAGCUUUGACAUGUGGAGAAACACUUCCAUGGAAGCUUUCUCCAAGUCUUCUCAUCAUGAAGAAGACGACGAAGAGUCUCUAACAUGGGCUGCUAUUGAGAGAUUGCCCACAUAUUUACGCAUACGGAGAGGCCUACUUGCAGAAGAGGAUGGUCAGGCCAGAGAGAUCAUUGAUGUAAACAAUCUUGGAUUAUUAGAAAGGAAGAGCUUGUUGGAGAGACUUGUGAAGAUUGCAGAGGAAGAUAAUGAGAAGUUCUUGUUGAAGCUCAAGGACCGCAUGAACAGAGUUGGGCUUGAAUUUCCGACAACUGAAGUGCGGUUUGAGCAUUUAAAUGUUGAAGCAGAGGCUUAUGUAGGAGGCAGGGCAUUGCCUAGUGUGUUCAACUUCUCCAUCAAUAUGUUAGAGGGUUUCUUGAAUUACCUUCAUAUUAUUCCGAGUCGAAAGAAACCAUUGCCAAUCCUCCAUGAUGUAAGUGGGAUUAUCAAGCCAAGAAGAAUGACACUGCUUUUAGGCCCCCCGGGCUCUGGAAAGACCACCUUACUAUUGGCAUUGGCUGGAAAACUUGGUAAAGAUCUAAAACUUUCGGGGAGAGUUACAUACAACGGACACGGGAUGGAAGAGUUUAUACCGGAGAGGACAUCAGCUUAUAUUAGCCAGCAUGAUCUCCACAUACCAGAAUUGACAGUCAGAGAAACGCUGGCUUUUUCUGCAAGAUGUCAAGGGGUUGGACCGCGUUAUGAAAUGUUGGUAGAAUUAUCAAGAAGAGAGAAGGCUGCAAAUAUUAAGCCAGAUCCUGAUCUUGAUGUUUACAUGAAGGCAGCAGCACUGGAAGGACAGGAAACCAAUGUAGUUACAGAUUACAUAAUCAAGGUUUUGGGACUAGAAGUUUGUGCUGACACCAUGGUAGGGGAUCAAAUGAGACGAGGUAUAUCUGGGGGCCAAAAAAAGAGACUCACCACAGGGGAGAUGCUGGUUGGACCAGAAAAAGCACUUUUUAUGGAUGAGAUAUCAACUGGGUUGGACAGUUCAACAACAUUUCACAUUGUGAAUUCACUCAGACAGUCCAUCCACGUUCUCAAUGGAACUGCCCUAAUCUCUCUCCUGCAACCAGCACCAGAAACUUAUGAACUCUUUGAUGAUAUAAUUCUCCUCUCAGAUGGGCGCAUUGUGUAUCAAGGUCCACGCGAGAAUGUGCUCGAGUUCUUUGAGCACAUGGGCUUCAAAUGUCCAGAGAGGAAAGGAGUUGCUGAUUUCCUACAAGAAGUGACAUCAAGGAAAGAUCAAGAGCAAUAUUGGGCUGAUAAAGAUAAGCCUUAUAGCUUUGUAACUUCAAAUGAAUUUUCUGAAGCAAUGCAAUCAUUUCACAUUGGUAGAGAACUUGGGGAUGAGCUUGCCACUCCAUUUGACAAGUCUAAAGGGAACCCAGCAGCUUUAACAACUAACAAGUAUGGAGUUAGCAAGAAGGAACUUUACAAAGCUUGUAUGUCAAGACAAGUUUUGCUUAUGAAGAGGAAUUCAUUUGUCUACAUUUUCAAAAUGACCCAGUUCAUUAUAAUGGCUUUUACAACAAUGACAUUAUUCCUACGAACUGAGAUGCAUCGACGUACCGUGGAAGAUGGUGGGAUUUACAUGGGAUCUUUGUUUUACACAAUGAUGAUAAUUAUGUUCACUGGAUUCUCAGAACUUGCUAUGACUGUCAUGAGACUUCCUGUGUUUUUCAAGCAAAGGGACCUUCUCUUCUUUCCUGCUUGGGCAUACUCUUUGCCAACAUGUCUGAUAAGAAUCCCUCUGACCUUUGUGGAAGCUUUCAUUUGGGUGACCAUGACUUACUAUGUUAUAGGUUAUGAUCCGAGCAUUGAAAGGUUCUUCAAACAGUUCAUUUUACUACUGUGCAUUAGUCAGAGCGCAAAUGGUCUGUUCCGAUUGUUAGCGGCGGUAGGCAGGAGCCCAGUUGUUGCAAACACAUUUGGGUCUGCUGCUUUACUUGUCCUUUUUGUUCUUGGUGGAUUUAUCUUAUCACGAGAAAGUAUGCAACAAUGGUUGUUGUGGGGAUAUUGGUUCUCACCGCUGACAUAUGGAAUGAAUGCUUUAGCUGUCAAUGAAUUUCUUGGAAAAAGUUGGAGACAUGUUCCUGCCAACUCAACAGAACCAUUAGGAGUUAUGGUCUUGAAGUCUCGAGGGGUAUUACCAGAAGCACGCUGGUACUGGAUUGGAGUAGUAGCUUCACUUGGAUUUGUUCUUCUGUUCAACUUCCUUUUCACUUUCGCACUUCAGUAUCUUGAUCGUAAGUACCAAUUUAGACAUUCUUCUGUCUUGACCAUUGACAAGCCUCAGGCAGUAAUGUCCAAAGAGGCCUUGGAAGAGAAACUUGCCGAGAACAAUGGAGAGACCGUUGAGCUACCGUCAAUGGGAAAGAGCUCUGUUGGGAAUGAAAGUCUGGAGAGUGUCUCUACCAAUCAUACCAGGAGGCGAGGAAUGGUUCUUCCUUUUGAACCCCUCUCAAUUACAUUCAAUGAAAUCAGAUAUGCAGUUGACAUGCCAAAGGAAAUGAAAGCUGAAGGCAUAACUGAGGAUCGGCUAGAACUUCUGAAGGGUGUGAGUGGUGCUUUUAGGCCUGGUGUCCUAACAGCUCUAAUGGGGGUUAGUGGUGCAGGGAAGACUACUUUAAUGGAUGUCUUGGCAGGACGGAAAACAGGUGGAUAUAUCGAAGGAAGUAUCAUUGUAUCUGGAUAUCUGAAAAAGCAAGAAACAUUUGCUCGCAUAUCAGGAUAUUGUGAGCAAACUGAUAUACACUCUCCUCAUGUCACAGUCUAUGAGUCUUUGGUGUAUUCUGCAUGGCUCCGAUUGCCCCCAGAGGUUGAUUCCCCAACCAGAAAGAUGUUCAUUGAGGAAGUCAUGGAGCUUGUUGAACUGACCUCAAUAAGGGAAGCACUUGUUGGAUUGCCUGGAGUGAAUGGUCUUUCAACUGAGCAGCGCAAAAGGCUAACGAUUGCAGUAGAACUUGUUGCCAACCCAUCCAUAAUAUUUAUGGAUGAGCCGACCUCUGGCCUUGAUGCCAGGGCGGCAGCAAUUGUAAUGAGAACAGUGAGAAAUACAGUGGACACAGGGCGAACUGUGGUCUGCACCAUCCACCAGCCAAGCAUUGAUAUAUUUGAUGCUUUUGAUGAGCUGUUUCUUCUGAAACGGGGAGGAGAAGAAAUAUAUGUUGGUCCUUUAGGCCACCAGUCUUCCCAGUUGAUCAAUUACUUUGAGGGAAUUAAUGGAGUUUCUAAACUAAGAGAUGGCUACAAUCCUGCAACCUGGAUGUUGGAGGUUACUUCAGCAGGACAAGAAGCGGCUCUUGGGGUUAAUUUCACUGAAAUAUAUAAGAACUCAGAAGUAUACAGGAGAAACAAGGCCUUGAUCAAGGAACUAAGUACUCCUCCACCAAAUUCAAGAGACUUGUUCUUCCCUACACAGUACUCUCAGUCUUUCUUUACCCAGUGCAUAGCUUGCCUAUGGAAACAGCAUUGGUCUUACUGGCGAAAUCCGUCAUACAGUGCAGUGAGACUUUUGUACACUGCUGUGAUGGCUCUAGUAUUUGGGAUAAUAUUCUGGGAUCUUGGCUCCAAAAGGCAUAGGCAACAAGAUCUUUUCAAUGCAAUGGGAUCUAUGUACUCUGCUGUUCUCUUCAUUGGAAUACAAAAUGCCUCAUCAGUGCAGCCAGUUGUAGGCAUUGAGAGGAUAGUCUUUUACAGAGAAAGGGCUGCUGGAAUGUACUCAGCUUUUCCAUAUGCCUUGGGACAGGUUCUGAUUGAGCUCCCAUACACUUUGAUCCAAACAAUCAUCUACGGAGUUAUAGUAUACAGCAUGAUCGGAUUUGAAUGGACAGUCAGCAAGUUCUUGUGGCACAUGUUCUUCAUGUACUUCACCUUCUUAUACUACAUCUUGUAUGGCAUGAUGAUUGUGGGCAUUACUCCAAACACAACCAUUGCCGCUGUCGCUUCCUCAGCCUUCUACCCGUUAUGGAACGUCUUUUCAGGAUUUAUCAUUCCGAAAACAAGAAUUCCAAUAUGGUGGAGAUGGUUCUACUGGGUAUGUCCAGUGUCUUGGACCUUGUAUGGAUUGUUUACUUCACAGUUUGGAGGCAUCAAGGACACACUUGAUUCGGGUGAAACUGUGGACGAUUUUAUAAGGGCUUAUUUUGGAUACAGAACAGACUUUUUAGGUGUUGUUGCAAUUGUGCUUGUUGGGAUUUCAGGGCUCUUUGGUUUCAUCUUUGCAUUUUCAAUCAAAGUAAUUAACUUCCAAAAGAGAUGAAGACAACCCUUAUACAUACAUACAUGUGUAUAUGUAAACAUAUAUGGUGCAAAAAUCCAUGAUUUCUGGUUUUGCUGAAAGUCCAUGAUUAUACAUACGACACGCGGGUUGGACAAGUAAGUAGGUUGCUUUGGUUAAUCAGUGAUUUCUAUGGACCGGUUGCUUCACAAUUUAAAGACAUAAAAGACACAUUUACAUUUGGGUGACAUUGUGCCUGUGGAAGACUUUAUAAGGAGAUGUUGCAAUUGUGCUUGCUGGGAUUUCAGUGCUGCUUGGGUCAUCUUUGCCUUCUCAGUCAAGGUAUUGAAAUUUCAAAAGAGAUGAAAAACUGAGAACAUUAUACAUGUAAAUUAUGCAAAUUCAACCUCUUCAAGUUUUGAUACUUAAGGGCUAGUUUGGCAUUGCUGUGCUUUA